CAAAAAUCUCUUUACUAGUGGGGCGAUGAUAUCUGUGUUUAUAUAUGCCAACUUUCCCCACCGGCCGCGCCCUCUCAAGAUCAAGUCUGUUGGCGGAGUUGCCGCGACCACUGGGGCUUCUAUUCGUUGAUUCUCCAAGAUGGAACCACCCGAGGGUCCAACCCAUCGAGGGUAUGACAGUGUGCGGGGUCCAAUCCCUCUCAUUCAGGAACCUCAAUCAGAGGGGAAUGGAACGGAAGCUGAAUCAGCCGAUGCUAAACCUGCGUUCAUUGCGUCCAAAUACUCCCAUGAUGACCUUCCCGCCUUGGUCGCAUCGGCCACCCCAUCACCUCACUCAAGCGCCUCCAAAUCGAAGGCUCCAGUAUCCCGUAGGAAAGCGCCCUCCCAGAGACCGCCUCUCGGUAAUAAAAGAGAGUGGUGGAUCAAAUCACAGGUGUUUCCGCCAGGGAGGAAAGAGUGUUCGGAGGUGGAUAUUGUCAUAGUGUACCUUUUUAACAGCAGGAAACACGAGGGAACCAGGCAUGGAGAUGUUGAGAUGAACCUCUUCAAACACCGGAAUGUGCCCGUAAGGAGAAAGGUGGAGCAUGAAUACCCUCAUGCCAUGCACGGCAAACACGAUGGGUCUCGUGAGAGAGCACCGUCCACACGAGCUUCAGCCAAUUCCGAAUCUUCUUCGCAGGCUCUUGGCGGACGCUCGAACUGGGAGACUGCAUGCGGCCGUUUGCUCCUCGCCGACCCUCAACUUUCGUCCGAUACCACUACUUGUGACGACUCCGAUACUAUGGUUGAUUGGCUGUUGGACCGGAAUAUACUCCUCCUAGGCCAGAUUCGGAAUUCACGAGUCAUUUUCGUCGGCUUCGACGUCGGACCGAUGCUGGACACGCCCUUAGACAUUCGCGCUGCAGGAUCUCGACUAUGUGAAGAGCUCAUUAGCAUAAGGUCAGCAAGGUCAGAUCCUCCAGGCAAACCCGUUUUAUUGAUGGGUCAUGGAUACGGCUCGGGUUUCAUUCUCCAAGCUCUCGUCCAAAGCAUUCCUGGGGAAUCCGCCUCCCAUGAACUGUUCCGACACACAGCUGGGGUGCUUAUGAUCGCCUCACCGCAUUUCGAUUCAGCCCGGUCCCUCGAAUAUCACUCACGAUUUCUUGGAAUAUCUGUGGACGAGGAAAUCUUCGCUGACCUAAGAAAUGAAAGCAAUACUGCUGUGGAACUGUUACAUUAUUUCUGGAGCGAAGCCAUUGCGCAGCGACCACGGCGCGAGUGGAAUCGUAAGCAGAAACUGCGGCGCCCACAAUAUCGGGAGCCUCGCCAUGUUAGUUUUCCCAUAACAUGUCUCGUCAACAAUGAAGAACAGCCUUGCCCCAGAGAUGAGUUGGCAAGACUGGUUAGUCUUCUCCCAAUCACAAUCGAACGAUACCGUAGAGAGUCUCUGAAGCUUUCCGACCCCAGAGAUUCCAGCUUUCAGCAUAUAGUGGCUCUACUCCGCACUGCAUUGGACACAUACCAACUUCUUGAAGCCGCAGCCGCGAAAGAUGUGGACAGGAUAGAGAUCAUGAUCAGGGAUGGUAUCGACGUCAAUCUCAAAAAUCCAAGGAAACAAUCAGCUCUACAUAUUGCGGUCGAGGGACUAGACGAAUGCAUGGUGAGGGUGCUGCUUCACAGAGGUAAUGCAGACCCAAACAUCACGGACUACGGUCAUAACACGCCUCUACACGACGCGGUCACGACGGAUAACGACAGCAUAAUCCAACACCUGGUUGAUCGAGGAGCCGACAUAAAUUUUCAGAACAGGGGUAAGGAGACACCUUAUGAGCUAGCACAGAGACGCCAGCACCACGGAAAAAUUCUCAAGAUCCUUCGAAGUAAACUCAUUUCAGGGUUGGGUCCAGACGCCGCGGGCCGACGGAUUGGCGAGAACAAACCGCCCGUUACUAUAGAUGGUCUGUUAGUCUGCGAAAAGACCCGCAUCGCCGUUACAGAACAUCUUGCGCCUGGCCAUGCGGGUGAAUGCCCCACGCACUGGUCUAUUUCGUUUUCUGUCCGCGAGCUGCUUUACGGUCCCAAAUCUCUCCAGGAAUUGCUGAGUCAGGUCCGCCCAAAGGACGCCAUGGAGCGAUCACCAAUUUGCGUCUGGCUACACAUACCGGAUAACAAUAUGAUCUGGGUUGAGGACUUAUUUAUAAAGUUAGGGAUCCAUGAUUCCAUCUGGGGUGGCGGUAGAGCGAUGCCAUUCAGAUCCAUUCAUAACCGUGCAAUUACACCCCACAUGGAAACUUUGCCGAACGGCAUCGUCUCCAUCUUCGCAAGUACCCUAAAAGAGGCGUCAUACUCUUUGUGCAACUAACGUGAGAUGCUAGGCCCCGUAUGUGAGUUACGAAAGCAACGUCCGGCAAGCCAAAUGGCGACCGUACAUAGAAGCCGUGGAUAGGCUAAAUCAAUAUCCCCAAUACAAGCACGUGAGACCCAGAGUGAUCUCACGAGAACCAUUCGCAAAGGGGAGAGACAACUCAGGGAAAUUGCAA